AUGGCAGCGACCGUCGGCAGCAUCUGCUUCCCCAGCUUGCUGGGCUGCCGCAUCUUGGACACCAUGUCAUAUGUGCUCUCGAGGCUUGCUUUCAAUAGAGACAUGGGAGAAAUUGUCAACAACUUUGGAGGCUUCUACAGAGCACUCAUUGGUGGCAUAUAUUUCAUGAAGGAGAACAUUUUGGGGUUUGAAAUUGUUUGGACUGAGACAACUCAAAUGCGUCAAAGUUGGGUCUCAGUCACUCAGGUUGCCAAACAAUUUCUGCUCUGCAUGGAUUUCAGGUAUAUUACAGAUGUGCUAACAGACAAAGAAGCUUAUGAAAUACUCUAAAAUGGCCUGCCUGGGAAAAAGGAAAAGGGUGAGCUUAAACAGAUCUGUACUCUGCAUCUCUUAGAGACUGGGAAGGGAACGCUUGACUUGAAACCGUCCUCAUCUGCUUCAGAACAGCAAAAGUUGAAGCACAAAUAUCUGGCUUAUACAGGAUCCCAAUCCUGGCUGGGCUACUCAGAUCAGCAGUUAAAACAGUUACAUACACAGGCCUUGAGAGAAGGCUGGACAAUGUUCAAAGUAAAGGUGAGUGCAGAUCUGCAGGAUGAUAUUUGCAGAUGCAGAUUUGUAAGAAAAAAUAUUGGCCCAAACAAAAUAACAGUGCUGGAUGCAAACCAACAAUGGGAAAUAAAGGAAGCCAUAGAAUGGGUUACUAAACCAGCUGAGUUUAAACCCUUGUGGAUUAAGAAGCCAGCUUUUCCAGAUGAGGAUAUGCAGGUCCAGAUGGAACAUGCAACCAUUUCAAAGGCCUUAGAACUGCUGGGAAUUGAUGUGGCAACCAGAGAACAUGUGAGUAUAUGUCUCAACUGUAAAGAUGAAAAUCCCAGAAAAUCAUGUUUUAGCAAGCUGCAGUUCACCCUCUCGGUGACACCAGGGGCACUGUCAGGGGCGCAGGGAGGGCUGGGGAGCCAGGAGCCGACAGCACGGCUGGCAGGGCAGGUCUGGGGGUGGCAGCCAGCGUCAACCGAGAAGGUUGCCAGACAAGGUCAUGGUCUUAACUUUCUGUUUUCUCCCAUACACUGCCACACCAGAGCGAUAUUUAAACAGUUUCUGCAAAGCUAAGGCCUCAAAUUAUCUCUAAAUUGACACUGCAGGCUGGGAAGGGUGAAUGAAAACUUGUCUGUGCAGCUGAUGGCCAAAAUGUUCCAGAGUAAGCAUAAGCUUGCAUGCACUGCUGUAAUUGUCUUUGUUUCAUGUCACGCUGUAGGGCUGCCCAAAAGGGCUUUCCACAUGUUGGCACUGGACACUUUCUCUAGUACGGACUUGGGGGAUCUCUGUGAAUUAGUCCAGCACUUGAUAAUACCUGAUUAUAUCCCAGUAUCGGAAAGCCCUGAAAGCAAGACGUGUGAAUUUGUAGAUCACCUUCAAUAUCCUGCAGUAAUAAAUAAUGCUUCCUAUAUGCCACCUCAGGUAUGCUGCAAAGUAAUACUGGUAUAUUCCACUGAAAUGAAAGAAUGUUCUGCAAGAAACUAUCCAUUUCCAGAGGGAGAAGUUUGGCAGAAGCUCCUUUCAAGCUAGAAGGCACAGGAACAUUGAUUAUUUAACCCUGUCGAGAAAUAGAUUCCUCAAACUUACUUUUUGAACACAUGCCAUUGCUCAGUUUGAAGACCAGUGAUCAGUAUAAUGAAGAUCAGUAAAAUGAGAUUUGCAAACAACUUGGAUGCAAAAUGUGCUUCUGAAAGUUAUGAUCAGGUGGUUUAAAAAAAGAUGCAAGUCCUCUUGUGUAGGCCUGUGAAUAAUGGAAUCAAAGCACAGUUUAUUAAAGUCUUGGAUUUAUCUCAAAUUGUACCAUUUCACAAUGAUAUUUAUCAUUGUUUACUGAAUCUAAAAAUUAAUCAAGAUAUUUCAAAUAAGAAUUACUAUGCAUUUUUCCAUGUGUUCAAAUACGUAUUGAAUAUGCUAUGUCUGAAUAGUAACUGUAGAUCUAUACAUAACUGAAUUCUUAAAAAGGACUUUUUUAAGGACUGAAAUUACGGCAGAAUUUGUAAGGAUAAGGAGAGAUGGAAGCUCAUUUCUGCUAAGA